CGGAAGCUGUGAAAGAGCCAGAAAAAACGAAAAAUACAGAGGGAAUUUGAUUGCUUCAGAUCCAAAAUGUCGUGGCAAUCUUACAUUGAUGAUCAAUUGAUGUAUGAUGUCGAUGGCCAUCAUCUCCAAGCCGCUGCUAUAAUCGGGAACGACGGUGCUGUUUGGGCUCAGAGCCCCGCUUUCCCCAAGUUCAAGCCAGAAGAGAUGUCUGCCAUUAUGAAGGAUUUUGAUGAGCCUGGAUCUCUUGCCCCGACUGGUUUGCACCUUGCUGGAUCAAAGUACAUGGUUAUCCAGGGGGAAUCUGGAGCUGUUAUCCGUGGAAAGAAGGGCACUUCUGGGCUCACUGUAAAGAAAACAAACCAAGCACUCGUUUUUGGGUUAUAUGAUGAACCCAUGACUCCAGGACAGUGCAACAUGAUUGUCGAGAAGUUGGGAGAUUACCUGAUUGAUCAAGGCAUGUAAUUUUCAUCUUAAUUUCAUUCGUCUUCUUUUCUACUCAUAAUUGGGACUUUUAGCUGGUGUCCUGCUAUUUAUAGCUGUGAACUCAGUUGUUACACAAGUAACGAUGUGAAGAAUCCGGAUGAAUAGCAAGAGUGUGGUCAAUUUUGGUCGCU